AUGUUCAGGUACGAACAAUCUCUUGAUGAUGCUAAAAAGAGUGGUAUCAAAAAAACCGUGUUCAAUGGUAUUACACAAGCUAUACAGUUGUGUAUAAUAUAUAGUUUAUUUGGAUUAGGAUUUUGGUAUGGAGCAAAAUUGAUUCGAGAAGAAAACUACAGUAUUGGUAGUGUUUACACUGUUUUUCUGACCGUUUUCAGUGCUGCUAACAGUUUAGAACAUAUUAGUCCACAAUUUCAAGCAUUAAUUCAAGCUCGAGUUGCUGCUUACACUGUACAGAAAGCUAUCGACGAACCGUCAACAAUUAAUAGUGAUUCGGAGACAGGUCUCAAAAAAGAUGAUUUCAUUGGUGAUAUUCGUUUUUCAAAUAUUCAUUUCUCUUAUCCAUCACGACAAGAUGUUGCAGUUCUUACUAAUCUAUCAUUCGAUAUCAAGCAUAAUCAAACUGUUGCUCUUGUUGGUUCAUCUGGUUCUGGAAAAUCAACAUGUGUACAAUUAUUACAACGAUUCUAUGAUCCAGAUUCAGGUUCAAUAUUCAUUGAUGAAAAACAAAUCAAUGAAUACAAUUUAAAAUGGUUACGACAACAUAUCGGUGUUGUUAGUCAAGAACCUAUUUUAUUUCAUACAACUAUUCGUGAAAAUAUUCUAUUUGGACGUGAUUCAGCUACUGAUGAAGAAAUACAUGAAGCAGCCAAGAUGGCUAAUGCACAUAAUUUUAUCAUGACUCUACCUGAUAAAUAUGAGACUCAAGUAGGUGAACGUGGAGCUGCAUUAUCUGGUGGACAAAAACAAAGGAUUGCUAUCGCUCGAGCACUUAUUCGAAAUCCGAAAAUAUUACUUCUUGAUGAAGCUACUAGUGCACUUGACAAUGAAAGUGAAAAGAUAGUACAGAACGCUCUAGAUCGUGCUGCUAAAGGUCGAACAACAUUAGUAAUUGCACAUCGUUUAUCAACGAUUCGUAAUGCUGAUAAAAUUAUUGUGAUGCAAAAAGGAGAAGUUGUUGAAGAAGGUGAUCAUGAUUCUUUAAUGAGCAUUGGUGGUACAUACUUUACUCUUAUUCAACAACAAAAUUUACGUCAAGCUAAAGAAGAAGAAGAACUAGAAUUUGAACAAGAACAGGCUGCAAAGAUACUUCUUUCUGAUCAAAUAGAUUUAGAUAAUUCGAAUAUUAAAAGAGAUCGCAGUUCAACAUUAGUUAGUAUUACUCCAUCGGUAUUGGUUGAAUUGUAUGGCAAGAAAGAUUCGGCAAUAGAUGAAGAUCUGGAAGGAAACGAUGAUGAAAAGAUCAAAACAAAAAAGGAGGCAAAGCAAAACAUAACAAUGGCUAUAUUACGAAUAAAUAAACCAGAAUGGAUAUUUAUUGUAAUCGGAUGUAUAGCAGCUUUGUUCACUGGAACAUUAGAACCAUCGUUUUCAAUUAUUCGGACCAAAAUGACAGCGGUCUUUCAAAGCUGUGAUAAAGAUGCUCAAAACCAAAAAGUUAUUCUCUAUGCUUUACUUCAUGUUGGUUUGGGAAUUGUAGUUCUAAUAUCUCAAACACUUCAAAGUUAUAUGUUUGCUUAUUCUGGUGAAAAUCUUACCAAACGACUUCGCUCAGAAGCUUUUCGUGCUAUUCUUCGUCAAGAAAUUAAUUAUUUUGAUCAAGCAAGACAUAGUACAGGUGCAUUAUGUACACGCUUAGCAACUGAAGCAUCAGCUGUACAAGGUGCAAGUGGUAUUCGCUUUGGUUUCUUUUGUCAAAAUUUUGUGUCAAUAAGCAUGGGCAUUAUUAUUGGAUUCGUAUCUUCUUGGCGAUUGACAUUGCUUAUGAUCGCCUUCUUUCCGAUCAUGAUACUUGGAACCUAUUUACAGAUUCGUGUAACAGCAGCAUUUGAGAGGAAAGACGAAAAAUUUAUAGAAGAUGCUGGAAAGGUGAUCGUGGAAACUAUUCAAAAUAUUCGAACAGUGGCUCAAUUAACAAAAGAAACUCAUUUUUAUAAUGAGUAUUCUCAUUUACUCAAUAUUAUUUAUCGAUCAACAAUCAAACGAGCUCAUUUUUCCGGCAUUCUCUUCUCAAUAUCAAGUUCGAGUGCAAUCUUUGCUUCGGCAGCUCUUAUUGCGCUUGGUACUUCUCUUGUUAAUCAAGAUAUAAUCACAUUUGAGGAUAUGUACAUGGUUUUCAAUUCUGUCACAGUUACUGGUGAAAUUGUAACCCAGACUUUUAUACUAUCUCCAGACUAUGGAAAAGCGAUUGAAGCCGCUCAAAGAAUUUUUGAACUAUUAAAUCGAAAACCUAUGAUCAAUAAUGAAUCAAACGAUGGCGAUGAAAUUCCUAAUUUUUCAGGGCAACUCGAAUUUGAUGGUGUUUAUUUUAUCUAUCCAAAUAGACCUGAAUCAAUUAUUCUUAGAAAUUUUAGACUUAAUAUUAAAGCCGGUCAAAAAAUAGCACUUGUUGGCACAUCUGGUUGUGGAAAAUCUACAACUAUUCAAUUAAUUGAACGAUUUUAUGACGCAAAUAUUGGUCGUUUGUUAGCUGACUCAAAAGAUGUUCGAAGUCUUAAUUUACAAUGGUAUCGAUCACAAAUUAGUAUUGUUUCACAAGAACCAAUUCUCUUUGAUAUGUCAAUUCGUGAAAAUAUUGCUUAUGGUGAUAACAGUCGAAAAGAUAUUCCACUUGAUGAAAUAAUUAAAGCAGCUAAAAAUUCUAAUAUUCAUAAUUUUAUUCAAGAUCUUCCAAAUGGAUAUGAAACAAAUUGUGGUUCAAAAGGACUACAAUUAUCAGGUGGACAAAAACAACGAAUUGCUAUCGCUAGAGCAUUAAUUCGAAAUCCAAAAAUCCUAUUGCUUGAUGAAGCAACAAGUGCUUUGGAUAGUGAAAGUGAAAAAUUAGUUCAAGAAGCAUUAGAUCGUGCUCAAGAAAAUCGAACAUCAAUCACAAUUGCACAUCGUUUAUCAACUAUUCAGAAUGCAGAUAUGAUUUGUGUUAUGCAUAAUGGAAUAAUUGUUGAACGUGGAACUCAUGAAGAACUAGUUGCACUAGGCGGUCGUUAUUAUCGAUUGGUACACGGAAAACUGAAAUAG